CCGUCGUUGCUAAGGCAUUUAGCCAGUUAGCAUAAUGAAUUUAGCUUUUAAAAACAUUUUUACUUGUUGAAAUAUUUGCGUUUUUUUUCGGCUACAAAAUGUGCUAACUGUAUAUGGAAAAAUGCUGUCCAUAAUUGUCGGUGACAUGUUACAGGCACUAGCUAUCUGUUAGCCAUACGGCGAGCGGCUCACUGUUGUUUACAGACAGACUGUACAAACAUAGCGAAGUCAUACGUGAUUUUGUAGAUAUAUUUUUGUGAAUAAGUGCAAUAUGGACACGAAUGUUCAGAAGAGACGAGAAAACAAAAAGUCAUUACGGGUUAAGGUCAUUAGUCUUGGUAAUGCAGAAGUGGGGAAGAGUUGCAUUAUUAAACGAUAUUGUGAGAAGCGAUUUGUGCCCAAAUAUCUGGCCACUAUAGGUAUAGAUUAUGGAGUAACCAAGGUUCAGGUUCGGGACAGGGAGAUAAAAGUUAACAUUUUUGAUAUGGCUGGACAUCCAUUCUUCUAUGAGGUACGUAAUGAGUUCUAUAAGGACUCUCAAGGGGUUAUUCUGGUCUAUGAUGUUGGUCUGAGAGAGAGUUUUGACGCUCUGGACAGCUGGCUUACAGAGAUGAAGCAGGAAAUGGGAUCACAGGCCAACAUGGAGAACAUCAUCUUUGUUGUGUGUGCCAACAAGGUUGACUUGACAAAAAGACGAGUGGUGGAUGAGAGUGAGGGGAGACUUUGGGCUGAAAGCAGAGGAUUUCAUUACUUUGAGACUUCUGCCCAGAGCGGUGAAGGCAUCAAUGAAAUGUUUCAGGCUUUUUUCUCUUCUAUAACGGACAUGUGUGAGAAUGGAGGGAAACGACCCACUCCAGAGGUCAAUGUAGGUUUUACCAAAGAGCAAGCUGACACUAUCCGGCGCAUCCGCAAUAGCAAAGACAGCUGGGACAUGCUGGGGGUUAAACCAGGGGCCACAAGGGAGGAAGUCAACAAGGCAUAUAGGAAGUUGGCUGUACUGUUGCAUCCAGACAAGUGUGUGGCACCAGGCAGCGAGGAUGCCUUUAAAGCAGUGGUUAAUGCUCGCACUUCCCUUCUCAAGAAUAUCAAGUAGGAGCAUAUGCCCCCACACACACACAUCCCCUUGGUUUCUAUUAAAAAUACAUCCUCUUUAUUACAUAUCUGAAAGAUAUAACAUAAAACAAAUCUAUUGUUUUAUCUUCAGUGUGCCAUAUGAAUACUUCAUUGUUUUUUUUUUUUGUGUGUGUGUGUUUUUUGUAAUAAGAGUGGGGAUUUAUUUUGUUUUAGUUUUUUUUGAUUGUUUGCUGUGGUGCUUGUUGAUUUGUUUUAUAUUUAUUUAUUAUGUUUAUUAAACAUGCAUUAAAAACUGUUAGAGUCAGAACACUGAGUGUGCUUUAACAAUAUCAGAAGUACAGAUUGUAUUGUUACAAAAAACAACACUGAAACGUAACCCUUAAGUUCCCUUGUUUUAAGUCGAUCAGCUUCACAUUGCCGUUAAUUGGAGUUGGAGUGUUGCCACGCAUUAGCAGAUUUGCCUUCUCAAUGAAGAUUAAACUUAAGACACAUGGAGAAUCCUCUGGACUUCAGCAAAGAUGCAGAUACAGCUGAGUUUGAUAAACAGCUAUGGCACGGUUACCAUAAUGUAAUAUGCAUUUUUCAGUUAAAUGGGCAACAGCAAUAAUGAUCUAAAGAAGUGUAUCUGUCUAGCCACAGCCCAGAUCCAUUGCUCAGUAACUAAACUUCACUCUUUAGGUAUGAGGCAUGAUGAUGACUUAAGUGGACCUUUUCUCCUCCCAACCUAUUGUGAGAAUUCUGACUUUAUUGUUUUGCUCAGGAGUCCAGGUGAAAGACCACUAAUUUACUGAUUUGCAAGACAGACUUAGCAUCCUAAUGCUGUUGUUAAAUACCUGACUCUUCUCUACUUCACCUCAGCUCACUGCAAAGAGGAGGAAAAUACCUGAAACGAAACAAUGUAACUUAUCCAAUACCUUUGCAUCAGUGCAAUACAACACAUUAGAUUUGGAAGAAACCAGUGUGACUUUAAUGGAAGUCCUCAUCUUAGUUUGAACAUCUGAUUUCACUCACUGGAUUAGUACUGGUCCUUGGACAUCUAAAGAUAUUUUAAAUACAUUAGACAAAGAAGAACUGGAAACACUUUACAAUAAUUUCCAUUCAUUAACAUUAGUAAAUGUGUUUAUUAUCAUGAACAAACAAUGAACUAUAUAUAUUUGUAUUAGUUAAUUUUAGUUCAUAGUGCAUUAACUAAUGUUAAGAAAUGGAACCUUAUUGUAAAGUGGUACCAAAAUUUUUUGUUAAUUGCAUUUGUACAUUAGUUAUUAAAUACAGUAUUUAAUAUUUAUAAUAAUGGAUUUAUCAAAUGUAGGAUAUAGGUUGUGAUUACUGGUGCCAAGACUGCUAUAUUACAAUGUUUUGUGUAAACACAUUUUUGGGGUUUUGCAAAGUGCAAAGCUAACAAAACCAAUAUGGACCCCUUUCACAGACCGUUAUGAUGCAUUUCCGCUCCAUUUAGCGCCAUAAAUCUAGCAAAGUUUUUAUAUUUAAAAUUUUUUGAGUUAGUAAAUACACAUUUAUAAUGUAAUUCUUUGUUAUUAACCGGGCAUUAAUAAAAAAUCAACGCUGCUAUAGUGGAGUUUAGGUGGUGACAAUAACUGUUGUAAUCCAUCUCUCUGUAUGUAUUCCUCUUUUGGAAAGUAGUGAAAACCUAAUAGUGGAUUUUUCUUUUGCUGUUGGGCAUAUAUCAUUUAUUUAUUUAUUUAUUUGUCAAGGACAACACACAUUACUUAUUAAUCAAACAUCUUACUUAUGUAAAUUUGUCUGAUUUAACCAAUGGCUAGUUUUUAUCUGCUGUCCCUGGGCAGGUUGAUGUCAAAGGUCAAAAUUACACUCAAAAUACAUCACAAUCAAAACUAAUCAAGAACAAAUCUUGAAACUCAAAAACACAAUAUAAAAAAUCCCUAAAACAAUACUAACACUUAAUGCCAUGUUGGCAGUUCCGGGUUAAUUUUGAGAGAGAACUAGAUGACUUGUUAGAGCUUUCAAUUCAGCAGCAAGUCCAUUCCAGUCUUGGGUUGCUCUAAAGCAAAAUAUAACUGACCAAAAACACUCUUACUUAAUGGUAUUUUACAAUCACCCCUAAUGCCUGCCCUAGUUAUGAGAAUGCAAAUAUUAUAUUUGCUGUUGUUUACAUUCACUGCUAUAGAAGUUUACCCCACUACAGUUUACUUCACUUUCCAAACCUAGAUAUGUGAGAAGGGUCCAUUGAUAUUGGUGAAGUAGUUUAGGUUCCUCACAUUAAGAUGCAUGUGCUAAAUGGAAAUGUUUAAGAUAGUUUCUAUUUUUAAAUGGAUUAAGCAUGAACGAAACUCUCAGCGAACCUGUCCUGUGAUUGUGUGAUCCUAGGAUACUGUAUGGAGAAAGGGUCUUUGUUUACAUACUGAAAGACAUCAAAUACAUUAUUAAAAACAUUACAACUGUUAUAUUAGCAGAAAUGCCCAACAAAUCUGUGUUUAUGUGCCAACAUUCAUUAGUUUGACAGUGUUUUGUUUGGCUCUUGUAUGUUAAAAGUUCUAUGUAAAAAUCACUAUAAUGCAAGUAUAUAACAUAUUGUAUUUUUUAUGGACUUGUGGAGUUUACAUCAUGAUGUGAUUGUACAUGUUAUUUAUAUUUUAAAAUAUUUAUGUAAAAAUAAUUACAUUUAUUUACUUUUAAGAUAUUUUUUUUAUUGUUCCUUAAUGUCCUGCUUCCUUUGAAGCACGUUGUAAAAAGGUGUUUGUGGGCAUUGGAUUAUGUGCUGCCUUAUUCUCUUCUGUAUGUUGGACUAUGUAACGUGAACCUGUUUACCCCAAUGUUUAGUUACUUCACCCAUAAUGUGAAGAGAUGAUAAUUCACUAAAUGUUUCAUUAGCUACCCUCACUAUACAGAACCACAUCUUUGAACUGGAUUGACUGAAUUGCUUUGUAUUGUUUUCUCCUUUCAUUUCAUUGUAUGACACUGAUGUAAAAAAGAAAUGUGUUAAAAGGCAUGAGCUAAGAAGCAUGAAAAAACAUAUCUGUGAUGAUACAGAACUCAAAGAUCAGGCCUGUUUACAUGAAUGACAAGGCCACUGCUUAAUGAGGAAAUGUUUUGGCUCUGUUUUAUGCACAGAAGCAUUUACUUUCUCCAUUUUGGUUAUGCUAAUAAAGGAACA